AUGCACCACCCUCAGCAAAUCUUCGUCGCCGUCAUCGGCACCGGCGGUGUUGGCAAAUGUUUCCUGAACCAGCUCGCUGCUCUAUCUAGCAAGCUUUCUCGCUCAGCCUCUGCUCAGACUUAUGUCUCCGUCAUUCUGCUUGCCCGCAGCAACAAGCUGCUCUUCAGCGAGUCGUUCCGGUCACUGAACCUGUCCACAUGGGAGAAGGACCUCGAGCAGUCCAAAGCACCCGUUCUCUCUCUUCCCCAGAUCGCCGAAUAUCUUGCCAUUGCCCCAGCCCCCGUUGUUCUCGUCGACAACACGAGCAACGAGGCCGUUGCGCACGCCUACCCCACGUUCCUCCGCAAGGGCAUCCACGUCAUCACGCCGAACAAGAAGGCAUUCAGCAGCGAGCUGGACCUGUGGGAGGAUAUCCAGGCUGCCUCGCUGUCCCGCAAUGGCGGCAUGGUUUUCCACGAGAGCAGCGUUGGUGCCGGUCUGCCCGUCAUCUCGACUCUCCGUGAGCUUAUCGAUACCGGCGACGAGGUCACCAAGAUUGAGGGUGUCUUUUCUGGAACCAUGAGCUACCUCUUCAACACCUUCGCUCCCAUUGGCGCCCAGGGCGGCUCGUGGAGCGCUGCCGUCAAGCAGGCCAAGGAGCUCGGCUUCACUGAGCCCGACCCCCGUGACGACCUCAACGGUCUCGAUGUCGCUCGCAAGCUCACCAUUUUGGGCCGUAUCAUUGGCCUCCCUAUCGCCUCUCCCACCAGCUUCCCCGUGGAGUCUCUGAUUCCCAAGGAUCUCGAGAGCUGUGGCAGCUCAGACGAGUUCCUGAGCAAGCUGAGCGGCUACGACGGCGAGAUGGAGAAGCUGAAGAAGGAGGCCGAGGCCGAGGGCAAGGUCAUUCGCUACGUUGGCAAGAUCGAGACCGCCACCAACCAGGUCAAGGUCGGCUUGGAAAAGUUUGACCCCACCCACCCCAUUGCCGCCCUCAAGGGCAGUGCCAACAUCAUCAACUUCUACACCAAGCGGUACGGUGAUGCUGCUGUUACCAUCCAAGGCGCGGGCGCCGGUGGUGAGGUCACCGCUGCUGGUGUCACUGGAGAUCUGAUCAAGAUCCUUCAGCGUCUCAAGUAA